ACUCGGAUCACACUCUCACACUCCUCUAUCAGGAUUACUGCAGCCCUGAGCCGCUUCCCUCUCUCCUCUCGUCUUCUUCCUCCUCUGCUCUAGAUGAUCCCUUUUCCCGCCACUGAUCUAUCGGAUUCAGAUGCGCAGUGCUGCGUUGGCUGCCUCUAACCGCAGUGUGUUGAGUCUCGGUGAGGCCGAUGGCGCCCCGUGUUUCGGGAUUCGGCCCGGCCCGCUUCCUGGUUCUGCUGCUCCUAAUGCCUGGAAAAAUGUCCCAUUGGGGUGUAGUGAUGGCCACAGAGUCACCCUGCCACCGAGCUGAGCAUCCAUUCAUCUCACACACAGAAAUUGAGCCGUGGCUUCAUCGUUUCGGUGCUGAGGGCACGGUGGAUUACUCACAGCUGACCUUCGACCCUGGGCAGAACGAGCUGAUUGUGGGGGCGAGAAAUCACCUCUUCAGGCUGCAUUUGGAGGAUCUCUCAUUGAUCCAGGAGGCAGAGUGGCAUUGUGAUGAGUUCACCAAAGGUGCCUGUUUCAGUCGAGGGAAAUCAGAGGAAGAAUGCCAGAAUUACAUCCGUGUUCUUCUGGUGAAUGGAGAUCGACUUUUCACCUGUGGCACAAAUGCCUUCACUCCAAUUUGUACCAAUCGCACAUUGACCAACCUAACAGAGAUCCAUGACCAGAUCAGUGGAAUGGCUCGAUGUCCCUACAACCCCCUGCAUAACUCCACAGCACUUAUUACCUCUAGUGGAGAGCUCUAUGCUGCUACUGCUAUGGACUUUUCUGGCCGAGAUCCUGCAAUUUAUCGUAGCCUAGGAGGUCUUCCCCCUCUCCGAACAGCACAGUACAACUCUAAAUGGCUUAACGAACCCAACUUUGUGUCCUCAUAUGACAUUGGAAACUUCACAUACUUCUUUUUCCGGGAGAAUGCGGUGGAGCAUGAUUGUGGGAGGACUGUGUUUUCCCGUGCUGCACGUGUGUGUAAGAAUGACAUCGGUGGACGGUUCUUAUUGGAGGACACCUGGACCACAUUCAUGAAGGCAAGACUAAAUUGCUCAAGGCCCGGGGAAAUCCCUUUCACCUAUAACGAGCUGCAAGGAACCUUCUUCCUACCAGAGCUUGAGCUGCUAUAUGGCAUCUUCACCACUAAUGUGAACAGCAUUGCUGCCUCGGCAGUGUGCGCCUUCAACCUGAGCGCCAUUACCCAAGUGUUCAGUGGGCCUUUUAAAUAUCAAGAGAACUUGCGUUCAGCAUGGCUACCCUAUCCAAACCCCAACCCGGACUUCCAGUGUGGAACAAUAGAUUAUGGUUCCUACGUGAACCUAACCGAGAGGAACCUGCAAGAUGCUCAGAAGUUCAUCCUGAUGCACGAAGUAAUUCAACCCAUCACCCCUGUGCCCUACUUCAUGGAGGAUAACGUCCGUUUCUCUCAUGUUGCCGUAGAUGUCGUGCAGGGAAAAGAUGCUCUCUACCACAUCAUCUAUUUGGCAACAGAUUAUGGCACUAUUAAGAAGGUUCUCUCUCCGCUUAACCGAACCACAGGCAGCUGUUUGCUGGAUGAGAUUGAGCUUUUUUCCUCCAGGAGGAGAGAGCCGAUCCUGAGCCUACUCAUCCUGCAGAGCCGCAGCGAGCUUUUUGUCGGGGUCAGAGAUCAGGUUAUCAAAAUCCCGCUCAUGCGCUGCAAUUUCCACAAAUCCAGAGAGGCAUGUGUUGGAGCGAGGGAUCCGUACUGUGGGUGGGAUCUGGUGUUAAAGAAGUGCACCAUGCUGGAGGAGAGUGUGAGCAUGAGUCAGUGGGAGCAGAGCAUCACUCACUGCCCUGUAAAGAAUGUGACAGUAGAUGGUCACUUUGGCCCCUGGUCCAGUUGGAGUCCUUGCAGUCACAGUGAUGGAGGAAGUGCUGGCUUGUGUCAGUGUCGAACCCGUGUCUGUAACAGCCCCAGUCCUCAAUGUGGAGGAAAACAGUGCCAAGGCAGCAAUGUGGAGGUGGCCAACUGCUCUAGAAAUGGAGCCUGGACACCAUGGACAUCCUGGUCCUCAUGCAGUACGAGCUGUGGCAUCGGCUUCCAGGUGCGUCAGCGCUCCUGCAGUAACCCGACGCCGCGGCAUGGGGGACGGGUUUGCGUCGGUCAGAACCGCGAGGAGAGGUACUGUAAUGAGCAUCUGCCAUGCCCCCCGCAUAUCUAUUGGUCAGCCUGGUCACCAUGGGAACGUUGCACAGUGCCAUGUGGUGGUGGCAUCCAAUCCCGUCGCCGGGUCUGUGAAAAUGGAAACGAAUGUCCUGGAUGCAGUAUGGAAUACCAGUCAUGCAAUACUCUCCCCUGUCCUGAUCUAAAGAAAACAACACCCUGGACCCCUUGGACCCCUGUGAACAUUUCAGAUAAUGGAGGCCAUUACGAGCAGCGAUUCCGCUACACGUGUAGGGCACGAGUGGCCGAGCCGAACAUGCUCGAGGUUGGGAGGCAGAGAAUUGAGAUGCGCUAUUGCUCCAGUGAUGGCUCCACUGGCUGCUCCACCGAUGGAGACGUGCUCCGAUCUGGCCGUAUCUCCGGGCUCACAGUGAAUGGAGGCUGGUCGGUCUGGAGCUCAUGGACCCAAUGCAGCCGUGACUGCAGCUCUGGAGUGCGCAGCCGCAAGCGAACUUGCACAAACCCCAAACCAAAAUAUGGAGGGACAACGUGUUCUGGGCCUGCGCAGGAAUACCAGGAGUGUAACACAACACCAUGCCCAGUGGAUGGAAGCUGGUCAUGUUGGUCUUCUUGGUCCAGAUGUUCGGCCACGUGUGGCGGAGGGCACUACAUCCGCACACGUUCAUGCAGUAACCCUCCACCUGCUUAUGGAGGAGACAUCUGCCUAGGCUUACACACUGAAGAAGCUCUGUGUAACACACAGCCUUGUCCAGAGAGUUGGUCUGACUGGUCUGAAUGGUCCCAUUGUGACUCAUCCGGAUCUCAGAUUCGUCUUCGUCACUGUGACGUUCUGUUUCCUACUGGGAAUCAGUGUUCUGGAAAUAGCAGCGAAGUCCGUGCCUGCCUGUCUGACUCCAACUUUAUCCCAGAGAUCUCUGUAGCACACUCAAGUCAUACGGAGAGACGCUGUGGAGAUUUCAACGUAUUUCACAUGAUUGCUGUGGGCUUGAGCAGCUCCAUUCUCGGCUGUUUGGUCACUCUACUGGUCUACACCUACUGUCAAAGAUAUCAACAGCAAUCCCAUGAUGCAACAGUGAUCCAUCCCAUUUCUGCUGCACCUCUUAACACCAGCAUCACCAACCACAUCAACAAACUGGACAAAUAUGAUACAGUGGAAGCCAUUAAGGCUUUCAACAAGAACAACUUGAUCCUGGAGGAAAGAAAUAAAUACUUUAACCCUCAAUUAACUGGAAAAACCUACACCAACGCCUAUUUCACGGACGUCAACACCUAUGAUGACUAUUAAUCCCAGUGUUAUAUGACCAGCACUGCUUAAUUUGCAAUUCCACCACCGUGAACGAUUCAUGGAGCCUUCCUAAUUUCCUCAUGGCUUGCAUUGCUGUAUGAUGUUUUAUGUGGGACCAUUUUAACAUCACACGUCAGUAAACCCUCAUCAAACCAUCAUCAACUCUAACAAGGACAUUGUGUUCUUCUGGUGUGUGGACAUUACUGCGCAACAGCAAAAGGAUAUCUCCAAGAUGGAGAACUGUUUAAAAAAAAAAAACGUUGAAAUGGGAUCCGAUUCCUAUAUAAACUCUUCAAGAAAGACCUUGUUGCUUUUUGCAUGAAUUUCAUCUUA